CCUCUAUUUUGGCUACGAAGCGGUAUUCUGGGUCCUUGAUGUCCGGCAAAUGAAGGGGGACAUCAUCACGUUCCUGGCAGCAGGAGCCCACUUAGGUGGCACCAACCUUUACUUCCCAGUGGAGCAGUACAUCUACAGAAGGAAAAGUGAGGGCGUCUACAUUAGGAAUCCGAAGAGAACCUGGGAGAAACUUCUGUCGACAGCUCAUGCCAUUGUUGCCAUUGAAAACCCAGCUUCUGUCACCGUUGCGUCCUCCAGGAACCCUCGCCAGCGAGCUGUGCUGCAGUUUGCUGCCGCCGCUCCUGUGGUCGCCCGCUUCACUCCUGGAGCCUCCACUAAGCAGACCCAGGCAGCUUCCAGGAGCCAAGACUCCUGUGAACUUCUUACCAUCGGUCUGUGUGACACAGACUCUCCUCUGCAUUCUGCAGACGACCCAUUCCCGGCACAAAGGGAGCUCAGUCGGUGGGUCUGA